ACUUUCUUUUUUAGAAAAAUUUUUUGGGGUUUAAUUCUUGAUUGAAUUUGCUGCCACGGUGAAUUAUUUUGUUGUGAUCAAAUUGAUUGCUGAAUUAGAACCAGAAAAUAUUUAGCACUUAUUGUUAUAAUUUGAUGCUGGUUAAAUUCUAAAGAUAACAAAACAAGAAAAAAUAUAGUAGAAGAAGGGGGAAGAAGAAGAAUAAGAGAUGAAUGAUAGAGAGAGGGGACGUUAAUUCAGUUCUCCAGAAUGACAGUAUCCCUUUCCUCAUUCUGCUUUUGAGCUGUUAACUAGGCAGCUGCUAUGCUCCUGGAAUCACGGAUGGCACGUUGCAUUCUCUUUCCUCCUAACGGUAUUGACAGCUAUGCAAAAUCAAUGGGCCAAGAUCAGCUUAGGCCUUACAAAAAAAUAAAGUCCAAAUUAUAAAAAAAAAAGUCCAAUGGUAAUAAAAGGUAACCCAAAUCCAUAUUCAAUUGUUUUUGGCCUGCAACAGUGCUCCCUCCAGGAUCAAAUGCAGGAUACUUCUUUUGCAAUUCAAAUAGCAUCUCCCAAGUAGCAUCUUCCAAGUAGCAUCUUUUUAGAAAAGAAUUGGUCCAUUCAACCGAUACUUUAGUAACGGCUCUGUUUCCCCUCUUAACCAUUCUUCUAGCCAAGAUCUUAGUUGGCUUCUUCACUAUUGAUCCAUCAUCAUCCACAGCAGGUAAACUGGAUUGCGCCAUUGAGCUGCCAACAUGUUUCUUUAACCGUGAAACAUGAAAUGUGUGGUGGAUUUUGGAAUUACCAGGCAAUUAUAGGCUAUAUGCAACAUGACUGAUCUUUUCCAAGACUCUAUAGGGUCCAAAAUAUUUGGCAGCAAGUUUGUUACAGCUUUUGUUCUUCACUAUUUGUUACUAUAAGGCUGCAACUUGACAUAUACUAGAUCUCCCACCCUGAACUCCUUAUCACUCCUCUUUUGUCAGCCAUGUUCGUCAUCCUUGUUUGAGUUGUGGACUAGAACUUCAUCAUUUUUAUUGCAAACUCUCUGGCUUGUAAGCUCCUAUCUACUGUCUUACAAUUGAAUCUCCCGCUAUGUAUGGCAAAUGUAGUGGAGGAGGUUGCCCAUACACCACCUCAUAAGGAGUGGAGUUGAUAGCUGAAUGGUGGCUGGUAUUAUACCACCUUCUGCAAAAUACAGCCAUCUUGUCCAUUUCCUAGGAGUUCCACUCACCAUGCAUCUCAAGUACGUUUCCAAGCAUCGAUUUACAAUCUCUAUCUGUCCAUCAGACUGGGGAUGAUAAGCAGAAGAUUUGUUGAGAGAAGUCCCAUGUCUCUUGAAGAGCUCUUGUUAGAAUUUACUCAUGAAGAUUUUAUCCCUAUCAGAAACAAUAGAGCUAGGCAUAUCAUGUAGCUUGUAGAUGUGAUUCAUAAACAAUUGUGCAACUAUCAGAGCAGUAAAAGGAUGGAAAAUAGCCACUAAAGUGAGCAUAUUUGCUCAAUCUGUCUACCACCACGAAUAUGGUAUGCUUACCAUGUGACUUGGGUAAUCCCUCUAUGAAAUCCUUAGAGAUGUUGUGCCAAAUCCUCUCAGGUAUAGGCAGUGGUUGUAGAAGACUUGGAGAGGCUGAAUUAUCACACUUGCACUGCCGACACACAUUGCAUUCCUGAACCAUUCUUCUCUUAUCCUUCUUGAGUCCUUUCCAAUACAGAACACUAGCAAUCCUUUUCAUAGUGACAUAUACUUCAGAGUGACCACUGGUCGGGCUAUUGUGAUAAUAUUGCAAAAGUUCUUGUCUCAGUGCUGGUACCAUCCCAACUACCAGUUUACCUUUUCACCUUAGUUGACCUCUAUGCCAUGUGUAUUUAGAAUUGGGAUUUGUAUUGCAUUGCAGCUCCUUGAUCAACUGUUGCAACCUUGGAUCCUGAUUCCAAGAAGCUUGAAUUCUUCCCAACAAAUCAGUACCUAUAGUAGUUAUGGCCAUCACCUGUGCUGAUUUACUCUCGGAUUUCCUGGACAAGGCAUCAGCUAUUGUGUUGAAUGCCCCCUUCCUGUAGACAACCUCGUAAUCAUAAACCAUCAUCGUUGCAAUCCAAAGCUGCUGUGCAGGAGUGGCUUCCUGUUUGGAUAUCUAUAGGGCUUAAUCUUGACUGUUUGAGUCUUGUCCUUAAGAGGAAUUCUGUGAUUAUGGGACCUAUGGGGAGGCUGGAAGAUGUUGGUAAACCAAAGGCUGAGGUUGCAGCAAAGCGUGUGAUGGAAAGAGUUAGUGGUGUGAAUAUUGUGCCUCAUUUUUGCCGAAUUGAGGACAAAGACAUUGAAUUUUAUAGUGACUUCAAUAUUAUUGCCCUUGGUCUUGAUUCCAUUGAGGCUCGGAGCUACAUUAAUGCUGUGGCUUGUAGUUUCCUUGAGUAUGAUUUUGACGAUAAUCCACGAGAAGAAACAAUGAAGCCUAUGGUAGAUGGUGGGACUGAAGGUUUCAAGGGCCAUGCUAGGGUGAUUGUGCCAGGGGUCACACCAUGCUUUGAGUGUACAAUCUGGCUUUUUCCUCCUCAAGUGAAGUUUCCUUUAUGUACUUUAGCAGAAACCCCCAGAAAUGCAGCUCAUUGUAUUGAAUAUGCUCACUUAAUUAAAUGGGAUGAGGUUCACAGGGGGAAGGCUUUUGAUCCAGAUAACGGAGAUCACAUGAAGUGGGUCUAUGAUGAGGCUGUCAAGAGAGCUGAACUUUUCGGCAUUCCAGGAGUUACUUAUUCUCUUACACAGGGUGUUGUAAAAAACAUUAUACCAGCUAUUGCUUCCACCAAUGCAAUUGUUUCUGCUGCAUGUGCUUUGGAAACCUUGAAGAUUGCAUCAGGAUGCAGUAAAACUCUAUCAAACUAUCUUACGUAUAAUGGUGUUGAAGGUCUUCACUCCAAAGUGACUCAAUUUGUCAAGGACAAGGACUGUCUUGUCUGUGGUCCAGGUGUUCUCAUUGAGCUGGAUACUACUGUUACUCUUCAAAAGUUCAUCAAUAUGCUAGAGGAGCAUCCUAAGCUGCUCAUAUCGAAGGCCUCAAUCACAUAUCACGGAAAGAAUCUAUACAUGCAGGCACCUCCUGUUCUGGAAGAAAUGACCAGAUCAAAUCUAAAUCUGCCGCUAUAUGACCUCAUGGAUAAAAUCCCAAAAGACAUUCUCCAUGCGACUGGUACAAUCAACAAGGACAACAAAAAGUCUUCUGGUUUAAAAAAAUUACGUGUUGUUUUCAAGGGAAUUGAUGGGGUUACAGAUAUGGAUUUGGCUGGUGGUGCAUGAUCGUAAAAAUAUAAAUUAUAUUUAUUCUUGUAAAAAAUUUCAAGCCCUUUUUGCAGUAUUUGUUGAAGAAAAUGUGUUUUAGGUCCAAGUUAUUGAUACAUUAUGAACUUCCACGAUGCCAAUUGUUUUCUAUGGUAUAUUGCCAGUCAUCAUCUUAUUUGCCUCUUUUUUUUUUUUUCUUUUUUUUUUUUAAAAUUAAACACAAUGAGUAAUUUGCUAUGGUUGGAAAUGAGAAAUUUAAUUCGCAGUAGAUUUUAAGGUUUUGCUUUGCACCGUGGAUAGGAAAAUAGUAAGUUAGAAAAAUAAAAAAAAUUAAAAAUUGAAAAAGGGGAAAUAUAGAAAGAUAUGUUAAUAGUUGUUAGUUAAAUAUUAGACUUACGGUAGAAUGCUAGGUUUUAGAUUUUUAAUUCUAUUUCAUGGUUUUAAAUUCUGGAAGUCUUUAGUAUAG